AUGUUUUCAUCCCUAUUGGAUACGGCGCGGAACUCGCCAUUCCGUGGCCCACUGUCACAAGUCAGCUGCGAGCCAGCCAUUGCUUCAGAACAGGGAGCAAUGGCGGCUGCGACAGCUGUAGCCCAAGAGGACUCGUGCGAGUUUGGAUCAACCAAAUACUUCGCACUUUGCGGCCUCGGCGGUAUCCUAUCUUGCGGUAUCACACACACGGCGGUGGUUCCACUCGACCUGGUCAAGUGUCGUUUACAAGUCGACCCAGACAAAUACAAGAAUGUGGUCAAUGGAUUUAAAGUGUCUGUGCGCGAGGAAGGUAUGCGUGGUCUCGCCAAGGGAUGGGCGCCCACAUUCAUCGGAUACUCUAUGCAGGGUCUAUGCAAGUUUGGUUUCUAUGAAGUUUUCAAAGUAUUAUACUCUGGGAUGUUGGAUGAAGAAGCUGCGUACUCAUACAGAACUGGAGUGUAUUUAGCAGCAUCAGCAUCUGCUGAGUUCAUUGCUGAUAUUGCACUGUCACCUUUGGAGGCCGCUAAGGUGAGAAUCCAAACUAUGCCUGGAUUUGCCUCUACCCUGCGUGAAGCAUGGCCCAAGAUGGUCCAAAAUGAGGGCUAUGGUACCUUCUACAAGGGAUUGGUCCCACUCUGGGGCAGACAGAUUCCUUACACCAUGAUGAAGUUUGCUUGCUUUGAGAAGACCUUGGAACUGUUGUACAAGUAUGUAGUGCCCAAACCCCGUGAUCAAUGCUCCAAGGGUGAGCAGUUGGUGGUCACCUUUGCUGCUGGUUACAUUGCUGGUGUCUUCUGUGCUAUUGUUUCCCACCCUGCUGAUACUGUUGUAUCCAAGCUGAACCAGGACAAGACAGCCACAGCUGGUUCUAUCAUUAGCAAACUCGGCUGGGCCGGAGUAUGGAAGGGUCUUGGACCUAGGAUUGUCAUGAUUGGUACCCUCACUGCCCUGCAAUGGUUCAUCUAUGAUGCUGUUAAGGUUUGGCUGAGAAUGCCCCGACCACCACCAGCUGAGAUGCCAGAAUCCAUGCGCAAAAGGCUCGAAGCCGAAGAAGCCGCGAAAUCAAAGUAA